AUGUUUCUAAAAUCAUGUCUUCUGUUGCCUCUCCUUCCUUUUGCUGCCGCCCAUUUCCUCCUAAACACUCCCCCGACAAUCGGGUUUUCGGAUGAUGAAGAAGGGACCUACCCUUGCGGUAGUUUCAAUGUCACCGAUCGGAAAACUGUUACGGAUUUCCCAAUCGUCGGGAUCCCUAUUUCCGUCACAUCCACACAUCCAGAAGACACAUGGUUCUUCAGGGUCGCAUUACUGAAUGAUACAGAAAACUGGGUCGAUUUAUUACCCGCGAUAUCACAGCAGGGUACUGGUGAUUUCUGUAACCCCAGCGUCCCAGGACCGGCUGCGUGGGAAGGAGAGGAUGGUGUUCUUCAGAUUGUGGCUAGCGCCCCAGAUGGAUACCUUUUCCAGUGUGCUGCUGUCAAGUUCGUAGGAGGAUCUGCCAGUACAACCGGAACGUGUAAAAACGGAACUAAAGUUAACGCGGAGUUUAUAGACGAGAAAUUGGUGUUGAAUGCGCAGACUACUAGUACUGCUGGUGGCUCUGAGGCUACCGAGAUGGCUACUAAGACUGGUGGGCCGGCGACGCAAACAUCGGCUUCGGGUAGUACUACAACGCCGAAUGCGGCUGAUAGGAGAGAUGGUGGGUUUGCGAUUUUGGGAGGGAUUGUCGGGGUUUUCGGGUUAUUGUUCAUUUAG